CUCCCUUUGCUGGGAGGUGGCUCUCUCAGUCCCUCUCCUCCUCCUCCUCCACGUUUGCAGCCUGGAAGCCGGGCUCAGCCUUGGGCCUUCUCCUCCUCCUCCUCCUCCCUCCGAAGAAAGCAAGGCCCCGACUGAAGGAGGAUGGCGUCGAAGAAAGCAAGGCCCCGCUGGUGCUCCCCUCUGCUGCUGGCCUUGCUGGCGCGGUGCGUGGCGUGCCAGGCCCCCCCGGUGCCCUCCUCGGGCUCCUCUCCCUCCUGGAUGGUCCCUGCCUGGGACGAGCAAAGCAUCUUCGUGGAGCAGAGCUCCGUCCCCGAGCUCUGCCCCCGCGCCGUCCGCCGGGGAGACUUCGUCCGCUACCAUUACCACGGCGCCUUCCCCGACGGGGCCAAGUUCGACUCCAGCUAUGAUAGAGGCUCCACGUUCAAUGUGCUUGUGGGUAAAGACCAACUUAUUGCUGGAAUGGACGAAGCUCUGCUUGGCAUGUGUGUCAACGAGAGGCGGUUUGUGAAAAUUCCACCCCAUCCUGGCGAUGGAAGUGAAGGAGUUUCUGGUGUAAUUCCUGCAAAUUCAGUGCUGCAUUUUGAUGUACUUUUGGUUGACGUUUGGAAUUCUGAAGACCAAGUUCAGAUUGAAACUUAUUAUAAGCCAGAAAAUUGUACAAGGACAAUUCAGGUUUCUGAUUUUGUAAGGUACCACUACAAUGGGACAUUUCUAGAUGGAACACUGUUUGACUCAAGUCACAACAGGAUGAGAACAUAUGACACGUAUGUGGGAAUUGGUUGGUUAAUCCCUGGUAUGGACAAAGGUCUCCUUGGAAUGUGUGUAGGAGAAAAGCGCAUAAUCACAGUACCACCCUUCCUGGCAUAUGGAGAAGAUGGAGAUGGUAAAGAAAUUCCUGGACAAGCUUCUCUGGUCUUUGAUGUGGUUCUCCUAGACCUUCACAACCCCAAAGACACUAUCACUGUGGAAAAGCAAUAUGUGCCUGAAUCCUGUGAACGCCAAAGCCAAGUUGGGGACUUCGUUAGAUAUCAUUAUAAUGGCACACUUCUGGAUGGCACAUUGUUUGAUUCCAGUUACUCUCGGAACCGAACAUAUGAUACUUACAUUGGGAAAGGUUAUGUGAUUGCUGGGAUGGAUGAAGGCUUGCUUGGUCUGUGCAUUGGAGAGAAGAGGAGAAUAACAAUCCCACCUCACCUUGGGUAUGGAGAAGAGGGAAGAGGAAAUAUUCCAGGGUCUGCUGUACUAGUCUUUGACAUCCAUGUGAUGGACUUCCACAAUCCUUCGGAUUCUGUUGCUAUUACCACACAUUACAAACCUAGCAACUGUUCAGUUCUGAGCAAAAAAGGUGAUUACUUGAAGUAUCACUACAAUGCCUCACUACUAGAUGGCACUUUGUUAGAUUCAACAGUUAGCCUUGGGAAAACCUAUAAUAUAGUUCUAGGCUCUGGACAGGUUGUACUGGGCAUGGAUAUAGGUCUCAGAGAUAUGUGUGUUGGAGAGAAAAGAACGGUUAUUAUUCCACCACAUCUUGGUUAUGGAGAAGCUGGAGUUGAAGGAGAAGUGCCUGGUAGUGCUGUAUUAGUUUUUGACAUUGAACUGCUUGAUUUGGUAUCUGGUUUACCAGAAGGCUACAUGUUUGUAUGGCAUGAGGAAGUCUCUCCUAAUCUCUUUGAAGAAAUCGAUAAGGAUAACAAUGGAGAGGUUCUUCUGGAAGAGUUCACCAUCUAUAUCCUUGAACAAGUCAGUUCUGGAAAAGGAAAACUAGCUCCUGGCUUUGAUUCUGAAACAAUUGUGAAAAAUAUGUUCACCAAUCAGGACCGGAAUGGCGAUGGCAAGAUUACUGCUGAAGAAUUCAAAUUGAAAGACCAGGAGCCACAGGGGCAUGAUGAACUGUAGGGUAGUUUGUUUUUAUAAGAGCUGAACUGCUGUUAGAGAGGAUAUGCAGCACAGAAAUGGUUUGAAAUAUGUGUGCAUACUUAAAGGAAACACACUGAAAAUGUAUACACCUGUUUCUGAGUGAACUUCAGGUUAAAUCAAAGGUAUACAAUGGAAGACUUCUCUCAUGGCAUUUAUAUUGUAAAUUACGAAGUGCCUCAAAAUGGGUUUUAGUGACUUUUAAGAAGGUAAACACAGCCACUGCUGUAAUGACACACAAUUUCUGUAGCAGUUUUAGAGACAUACUGUAGGAGGGGGUUGUGAUCCAAAAGUGUACAAGAUUCCAUUAAAUUUGUGCAUCUCUGCAUGGUGGUUAUUAUCCAACCAUGUGCUUCUGUAUCAUGACCAAAUGUGCAUAGGCUUCUGUCUAGUGCAGUGGUGCCCAAAUUACGCCCUUUAAGAGAUUUUGGACUUCAGCUCCCAGAAGCCUCAACCAUUUUACCCAAUAAUCUGGUAGCUGAAGUCUAAAAUCCCUUAAAGAGCACAGUUUGGGGGUCACUACUAGCAUAGCUUCAACUAACAAAAAGUUUGCUUAGGCAAAAGAAAAGAAAAAAGAAAAACAUAUUUUGACAGACAACCCCCUGCCAAAUGUUUUUAAAGCAAAAAUCUGCAUAUUACAGAUCCAGAAGAAGUUCUAUUAGUAACAAGUUUUUAUGCUUGUCUCCUAACCUGUGCCAGUUGUCCACUCCUCUAAUUUUGCCCUGACCUUUGCCAAGACCUUACAUGCAUAUUACAGAAGAAAGUAGAAAUCUGAAAUGUACUGUCAAGAUAUCACAACUUGCAUAAUAGUAGAGGGUAACUGCAUAUGCAACAUAUGCUAUCUACUUCCUGAUUAGUAAUCAUCUGGUACAUAAAGAAUAGUUGUAAUUGGUUUUGACAUUAAAUCUCAGGUUGCACAUGUGUUUUGUAGAUAGGGGUCAACCUUUAAAACAGCACAAAAAUGAUGUGGAAGGCCUACCCAAAGCUUGACGCAAGAACACAAACUCCAACUCCAGGGCACUAAUGAAAAUGGACCAUUUCUUUCACAGGGUAGUGAGACCUCCUCUGACUUAGAAUGGUGCUAGCUUUAAUCCUAAGAAAUGCUUUUAAAAUGUUUUUACAGUAAGUAAAGUUCUGUAUUUUGUUUACACACUUUGUAAUACUAAUAAUGCCACAAGCAUUUGUCAGAUGUGAUAACAUGCUGGGUUUUUUUAUUAAAUAAAAUAUUGACAAAUA